AUGCGAACCUUCUUAAACGAAAUAGAAGACCUCGUGAACGAAGGAGAGGUGAAGAGAAGCUUCAGCGAAGCGGAGGAAUUGAUGUGCAACACGUGCAAAGACUUAAUCGAAAAAAAAAAAAAAAACAGCAACGCCGCAAUUCACCAGAAGAUAAAGUCAUUCCUCGAGGAAGUCAAUUUUAUUAACUGCACACUUGAUGAAUAUGCCAAGGAGAGCCAACGGAGGGAAGAAACUUCAGACAGGGGGAAGGGACAACUGGGCGAGCUUCCAUCCCAGGGGGAGCUCUUCCCCUCCAAGGAGCCAGACGAAAUUUUGAAGGACCUCGUUUUUUGGGAAUUGGGCUUGAAGGAGACCUCUCCAGUUGUGGGCGACGCCAAAAAGCUGCUGCUACUAAUUAGCGAGAAUUUUGGAAAAAUCGAGAGCAAGGAAUUCUUACUGACCGCGGAGAGGGCGCUGGACAUUCGAAUAGAUGACUUCCGGAGGAACGAAAUAAGUGCAGAGUAUUUUUCCAAAAGGAUAAGCCAGAUACACGCGGACACUGUGAACCAAUUGGCGCGCGAACUAGAAGAGAAGGAGAAGAACCCCACUGCGACGUGCCGGGAAAACACAUCCAAGGAGGGUCCCGAAAACGAUCCGCAUGACGAACUGCCCAAGGCGAACUCAACUGUGGUAUCUUCCAUGGAGCGAGACGCAGGGGAAGCCGCCACGGAAGGGGUGGCACUCUCCAACGCUGCCAUCUCUCGAAAUGGAAAAUCAGGAGAGGCGAAAUGUGCAGCGCACACGCCCAACUCGGGGGGAAGCAGCACCCGGCGGAGGAACAGAAGUGAGCAGAAAAUGGUCCACUCGAAUUUCUUCCACAAGAAAAAGAUGAAGCUCGUGCAACGCUGGCAGAAGGUGGCCGAAGAAUCCAAGCUGCGCAGUGACUCGGGCUCGAGUUGUUAA